AAGCGCCUCUUCACGGAGGCAGUUAGAGUUAGCGGUCGAUAGAAAAUAAAGAGUGGCAGGGGGUGAUUAUAGAAGAUUCGUACCGAAGCAGUCGUGAAAAAUGGAUUUUAACGUAAAGAAAUUGGUAAAAGAUGCUGGUGCUGCGCUUAGUAGAGUUGUACAGUUAACUGAGGAAACAUUGGGAACAUCAGAGAAAACCGAAUUAGAUGCACAUUUAGAGCAUCUUGCUGAAAGAGCAAAUGCAACUAAAACAUGGACUGAAAAAAUUCUUAGGAACAUGGAGUCGGUACUUACUCCAAAUCCAGGCAACAGAAUUGAAGAUUUCUUUUAUGAGAAGAUUGAUAAGAAGAAACCUAACAGGUUGAGUAAUCUCGAAUAUGUGGGCAUGGACAUGAUAGAGGCAGGAAAUGACUUUGGCCCAGGAAUUGCUUAUGGUAGUGCACUAAUAAAAGUGGGUCAAUGUGAGCAGAAAUUAGGACAAAUUGAGAGAGACUUUAUUGGCACUGCAGCUAAUUGUUAUAUACAACCCUUAAGAAAGUUUUUGGAAGGAGAAAUGAAAACUGUUAGCAAAGAAAUGGCAAUAUUGGAAAAUAAGCGAUUGGACCUAGAUGCAUGUAAGAAUAGAGUGAGAAAAGCAAGAAGCAUGCUGGGCCAGCAAAGUGAGUCUGGCGUAUCACCUGAAGUGUUACUUGAUCAGGCAGAGAGGGAGUUAAGGGUAGCACAGUCAGACUUUGAUCGCCAAGCAGAAAUAGUGAAACUGCUAUUGGAAGGAGUUUCAAGUUCCCAGGCUGGACACCUGCGUUGCUUACAUGAAUUUAUCGAAGCACAGACGCGUCAUUAUGCUCAGUGUCAUGCAACAAUGCAAGACUUGCAGCGUGAAUUAGCUGGGGCGCGUCAGCCGAGUCCUUUGCUGCGAGUCAACAGCGAAGAUGUGAUCGAGCUAACCCCCUCACCCACACAAUCCCAAAACUCAUCUGUACAUCCACCACUUGCUGGUUCUAACUAUGUUACUGCUACCUUUGAUACCGACAUUUCGAAAAUUUAAUUUCAGAAAGUGUUAAUCACACAUAAAAGGCAAUAAUUAGUUGUUAUAUCUAUCAAGGAAAGAGCAAAGAGGAGCAUAGGGCACAGAAAUUUUUCUCUGUUAUAUAGAUACUUGUUAACUAUUACAAUACUUCUAUAGACAUGUUAAAUAAUGCUUAAUCUAUUAUCUCACUAUUGAAUUACUUGUAAUUACCAGAAAACAGUCAAUAAAUUAUAUUUAUGAAAUGCUUAAAAACUAUUAUUUUAUAAACGGGAAAGCUUUUAGUCUGAAUAAAGCUUAUAUUCAGAAUACAAAUAAUAUAAUUAAAAUUACAUCGUUAAUACUUCUGUUUCAAUAUUUAACUCAGUAUCUAAGAAUUUGUUUCGUAGUUAAUCAAUGUUUAAUUCCGAUGCAUGUUAUUACAUUUUGUUGGUAUUAAUGCACUGAUGUAGAAUUUAAUGGUUUAUGUUCCUACAAAAACAAUAUCUAAUUGCUAACAGUCGUCUAUUAAAUAAUCAUAUUGUUUCGAAAUUUCCUCAAUGUAUCUUGUAAAUGUCUAGUUAAUAUUUAUGUCGUCCUAUUUGCCAAAUUGCUUGUGCUUUUAUUCUUUAUGUUAUUAACAUUUUUCAUUUCAGUUUUAUCUAGCAUGUACAUCAUACGUUACAUAAAUUGCGUUAAAAACAAGAUCUCAUUCGAAGUCUUUGAAAUUUUUCUUUGAAGUAAAUUUUCUAAAGAAUUUUAAUAAAGUCUUAUAUUGUGACAUUGACAUAUAUCAAAGUGUGACUAGAUUGAACAAAUUGAAUAUCAUUUAGAAAUUUGUACAAUAUUAACGCAAACAAAAGUUGACCGAAUUUUAAAAGCAUAUUCAC